CCUGCGCACAAAAUGGCGGCGCCCAGCUGCCGUACACCGGAAGCCGCUCUCCUGUCUCUCUGUAUCUGAACCAAUCAGAGCGCUGCGCGCCGCGCGGCGAGCCAAUAAGACUCAGCGUCGCUGCCGUGACGUCAUCAGUGCGCGCCUGCCCACGGGGCGUGCUGUACGGCAGGAGCGCCGGGGCGCGCCUCGCGAUGCAGCGCUGAGCCCCGGCUUCUCUCUCAGCAUGGCGGCGCGGCUGGUGGGGCGCUGCUGCUGGCGCCACCUCGCCGCCAUCUCCCUGGGGCCCGGCCCUGCCUCAGGCCUCCGCCACCCCCCCAGGGCCUCCUCGCUUCACGCCCCGGGAGCCGCCGCCGCCGCCGAGGGCUCGGCCCUGAAGGAAAAAACUGAGGAGAACCCCGGGGCGCAGGGACCCAAGGCGCUGAGGGAGCUCCUGGAGGCGGCCCAGGGGCCUCGGGAGCUGCUGGAGCUGAGCGAGGAGCCGGGGCUGAGCAGCAACCAGGCCUCGCUGCUCAUCGGCCGCCUGUCCCGCCUGGCCGCUCAGCAGCAGCUGGAGCCGCAGGGCUUGCUGCAGGACCCUCGCUUCAAGCAGCUCCUCGGCGUGAUGGACUCGCAGAUCUCCCAGGUGUGGAACAACGCCCUGGUGAACGUCCUGAAGAGCCUCUACUCGCUGGGGCUGCCGAGCAGCAGCCGGGAGUUGCAGUCGGUGGAGCACGAGGUGCUGUGGAGGCUGCGCCGCCUCACCUUCCGCCAGAUCGCCUCCCUGGCCGAAUUCCUGGCCUCCAGACCCCAAAAAGACAACAAACUGCUGGCCGAGGUGGUCAGGAAGCUGGAGCUGCGCUGGACGGAGCUGGAGGGCACCCGCAGCGUGGUGACGCUGAUAGCCAAGGUCGGCCACGUCUCCCCCGCCCUGAUGGACCGCCUGGAGGACAAGGCCCUGGAGCUGGCGGAGCACUUCAGCCCCGAAGAUAUCCGCAAGAUCACCCUGGCCCUGGCCUACCAGAACCGCCGCUGCGUGCCCCUGCUGCGCGCCCUGUCCUACCACCUCCUGCAGAAACACACCGAGCUCGACCUCGCCACCCUGACCGACCUGAUUUUUGCUUAUGGAAAACUGAAUUUCCACCAGCCCCAGGUCUUCCAGAAGCUCGCCACCGACCUGCAGCCCCACGUGGCCAGCAUGACGCCGGGCGAGGUGACGCGCUGCAUCAGGUCCUUCGCCCUCCUCAAGUGGCUCAGCCUCCCCCUCUUCGAGGCCAUCGCUCAGUACGCCCUGGACAACGCCAAGCAGCUCUCGGUCGCCCACCUGUGCAGCAUCAUCCUCUCCUUCGCCCGCCUCAACUUCCAGCCCAGCGGCAGCGAGGAUUUCUUUAACAUGGUCCACGAGGAGCUUCGGGACCAGCUGGACGGGCUGGAGCCCCAGCUUCUGAGCGACCUGGUGUGGUCGCUGUGCGUGCUGCAGCAAGCCAAGCCCCACUACCUGCAGCGAGCCCUGGCGCCCGAUUUCUGCGCCCCGCAUCCAACCGAUCCGUCCCCCAAAGCCCAAAACCUGCGGGUGAAGCUGCUGCACAUCAACGCCACGGCCAGGUUGGAGAUCCCCGAGUACCAGGGCCCGUUCCUGACCCCAAAUCUGUUGGGAACUGUGGGGUAA